AUGUCAAUCAAAGAUGUCCCCACUGGGUGUCCCAACGGGCCGAAGCCCUCUUCUACUUCUGAUGACGAAACUCGCCUCCUCGGACCCACAAAGCCGGAAUUGAAGGACUUACCAAGCAACUUCGACGCUCGGCAGAAGUUUGCUUCUUGUGCUGGAGUCAUUGGGCAUGUGAGAGAUCAAAGUGCUUGUCACAACUGCUGGACCGUAAGCUCAACCGGAAUGCUCAAUGAUCGUGUGUGCAUCAAGUCCGGCGGUACCUUCAGAGAUAUCCUAUCUGUCGGUUACUUCACUUCAUGCUGCAAUCCUGCUAAUGGAUGUCCCAAAGCGAAGGGCUGUCAGGGUGGCAACCUGCUUGAAGGUCUGAACUUCCUGAAAAAUCAUGGCAUUGUUACUGGUGAUGAAUUCAAACCGGCCGGGCAACUGAGUAGCGCUGAUGGCUGCUGGCCGUAUCCAUUCCCGAAGUGCAAACAUGCGGGCUACUCCUCUCCUGCAUGCCAAACUAAAUGCACCAAUAAAGCAUACAAGACCAGCCUGCAGCAAGAUCUUCACCGUGCUAAGAGCUUUGGCCGUCUACCAGCGAUCCCCCAGAAUAUCAAGCAAGAGAUUUUCACUAAUGGACCUGUUAUCGGGAUGCUUUCUAUUUAUGAGGAUAUCCGAGUAUACAAGGCUGGUGUCUAUGUGCACCAAACUGGUAGCUUCCAGGGUAUUCAUACUCUUAAGAUUAUUGGUUGGGGAGUUGAGUCCGGGCAAGAUUAUUGGUUAGCGGUGAACUCUUGGAAUGAGGAAUGGGGUGACCAUGGUAUGAUCAAGCUUGCAGUGGGAAGAACUGGUAUAGAGAACUCUGUGUAUUAUGUCGAACCGGCCUAG